AACUAAAAUUUCCGGGAUGCCAGACCUUUUUGGACCAAGGAAGUACUUCUGUUAUGGACUUGUUUGAUUUUUCAUUAUGCAUUUGGGAAGGGUUGAGGCAAUUUAUAGUUUUCUUUUCAGCAUUUUCAAGCAUUUUUUUAUGUUCUUCUAUUGUAAAUAGGGCCGCUAUUGAGCAUGAGAAGAAGACACAUGUUAUUAACCUGGAGGAAAGACAGGCAUUGGAGAAAAACAUGAUUACCGUUGCUCAUGAACUCGACAGACUACAUGCAGAGUUGGCUAAUGCAGAGAAGAGAUUUAGGGCGGCAGCUGCAGCAGCUGCCGCAGCAAACCCAAACCCUGGUCAUGCUGCAAGCUAUGGUAAUCCUGAAAUGGGAUAUGGAGGAAGUCCACACAUCGAACCACAUGCAAUUCAUCGGGGUGGUGCCAAUGCUCUUCCUUACCCCGCUCCAUGACGAUCUCCUCAAGGUUUGCAUGCACAGCAGUGGUUGGAGUUACAUUCUCUGACUUUCUCAGCUCUCUGCAGGAGACAGAACCAAAUUGGAGAAAGGAAGGUUGUCUUCAAAUUUCCAAUCGAUUCUGUUUACUACAAAAAUAUUCAACUUGAAAUAUUUCUCUGGAGAUGUAUGAAUGGGUGAGAUAUGCACAAGCAAGGUUGUAGAAUUAUUCUUGGCUUGCAUACCUUAUUUAACUCUGUUCUGCAUUUUGCAAGCACAGGGAGAGAGGGUUUGUAAGCAGGGACUUCAGGUGAUUUAUUGCAGGAAUCAAGUUGUAUUUCCAUUGUUUACAUGAAUGAGCUGACCUGCAACUGGUUCCUGAUGUAGGCUUCAGUUAAAUUUGUUCAUGAUUGUAAGAUUAUAGAAUUGUUGGCAAUGCACCUCUUUUCUGUUUGCUGUUUGUUUUUGUUUGUAUCAAGAAGGAAACUUGCUACAAAAAGGAUAUCUUUGAAAAGAAAUUAAUGACAAAUUUAUGAAAUGUGGGUUGAGAUGUAUAUUCCACAUUUCCAUUGUUUGUGGCUGAAAA